CCGCAGACAGGAUUUUCGAGCACGCGACUUGCUGGCAUUCUACAUUUUGCAUCGAGAAGCGAGCUGCAAAAACUCGUUUCCCCGACUUGCAUUUGCUUCAAAGUGACAGGGCACAAUAAAAAUGGAUUUAAUGCAAACACCACCACAUUCAAUAAGCCAUGUGGCUUAUUUUGGCGAAGAACCUUUCUUGUGGGCCCCCAAAAAACCACAAGAAUAUCGAAAGCCUCCUUUACGUGCAGGCCGAAAAACCUCGUCAAGGAGUCUGGAUUUUUCCACGAUCCUAGUCCAGGACGAAGAGGACGAGAAUUCAAGCUUCUUGGGAAGCUAUGAAAGAAGACAGGGACAGCUUCGCAGCAGAGGUAGUCGACACGAAACGCCUGUUUUUCUCCGGAAUUUGGACUCGCCAGUUCGCAGUCACGGCUCGCCUCUGGCCUUCGAAAAUACCAUUGCACGGAGAAUUGAUUUCGCUUCGCAAAGUCUCACACCUGGACAAGAUGGAGUAGCAAGCACAAGCGACAGUCCUUCGGUUUUCUCGCCUGGUUUAAGUCCAACUGCCAGAGAGAUUUUAUCGCAAUUGAAACGCUCGGCGUCGAGUAAAAGACCGACAUCGCAGGAAAAGCAGAGUGCAAGUAGAAUGUCGAACCAGCAAACUCCUGAAAGCUGUUCACCUCGCAAACGAGCACGAUGGACUCGAUUGAUACGAUAAUUUGGACAAAUACGGACAAAAAAUUUACACGGACUGCAAUACACUAGUUCCACUUUGUGUGACAAACGAACUACCUUCGUACAUAAAUUUACUUAAUUAAAAGACAAAAAAUAUCGUUAACUCUCGCUGUUUUGCGAGAUAUACUAAAUGAAACGCAUUCAAUAUAUUAUAUAGCCUAAAUUUAAAUUUCAUUAUAUGUUCUGCAGGGCAGAUUUGUGUGAUAAAUUGACGACUUUGAAAAAGCAAAAAAAACUUCGUUGUACAGAAUAAUGCAAUAUGAAUCGUUCAGUUCACUUUGUACAUAAAUUAAAUAUGUAUUUAUUUAUUUAUAUAUUUGAAGAAAAAUUGUUGUACAUAUAUAAAUAAAACGUUGUGUAAAGUUGAAAAUAAAUUUAUCUUGAAAUUUA